AUGGCGGCGGCCAACGACUUCACCCGACCACCGUUAAGAUGUGACGAUGUGUGACGGUUGUAGGUGUUCUGUGAUCUACUACUUUGCAGGCUCGUCUGUGUUCUUUUUUGUAGUGGUUGGGAGGUCUUGCCUUUAGUAUGCGCUAAUCAAGAACGACUAGAAAUACAGAGUUUUGUUGCUUCAACUUGCUGCUCAUAGGCGUUGCGGAUAGGUAAUAUGACGUCUGCAUUUUCAAGUGCUGUUGCUCUAAUAAAUGCUGGAGACCUACAUUCUCUUGAAAGGUCUCUCAAUAACAAGCAUGUGAGCCCUGAUGAACGGGACGAGAAUGGCCAGACAUUGCUGAUGAUAGCUGCUCAGUGUGGACAACUUCCCAUUGUUGAAGAACUGAUUAGGCAAGGAGCUGAUGUCCACCUAGAGGACCUUGACAAUUGGACAGCACUGCUGAACGCUGCUAAGGAAGGAUAUACAGACAUUGUUUCAGAACUUGUUUUGCACAAUGCAGAUAUUGAGCAUCGAGAUAUGGGUGGGUGGACUGCCCUUAUGUGGGCAUGUUACAAGGGCCACACAGAGACUGCCAAGUAUUUGCUGGAGCAGGGGGCUUUCCCAAAUGUGCACGACCUGAACCACAUGUCCUGCCUUAUCUGGGCAGCAGGCCGGGGCCACCAGAGCAUUGUGGGUGACUUACUCAGUUACGGUGCUAAAGUCAACUCCGGUGACAAGUAUGGAACUACUCCAUUGGUUUGGUCAUGUCGUCGAGGGUUUACAGGCAUUGUUGAGAUGCUGCUUGAAGCAGGUGCAAACGUUGACACUGCAGGGAUGUAUUCAUGGACGGCUUUGAUAAUAGCCACAAAGGGGAACUACUCUGACAUUGUCAGCAUGCUGCUGGAGUACAAGCCGAAUGUUAAUGCUGUCGAUGCUGAUGGUUACACUGCAUUGGCCAUUGCCUGCAAAGAAGGGUUUACUGAUAUCGCUGUCUCUUUGUUGAACGCUGGGGCCUAUGUCAACAUGCACGACCGCAGUGGAGACACGAAUCUGAUCCAUGCAGCGAAAGCUGGGAAUUUUUCUAUUGUGGAUGUCUUGCUGAAAAAGUAUGCUGACAUUGAUGUACAAGGCAUGGACAGAAAAACUGCUCUUUAUUGGGCAGUAGAGAAAGGGUACACUGACAUUGUACGCACCAUUCUGAAUGCCAAUCCAAAUCUCGAGUUGGCGACAAAAGAUGGAGACACUCCAUUGAUGAAAGCAACGAGGAUCCGUAAUACGGAGAUAGUACAGAUGUUGAUUGAUAAGAAAGCAAAAGUUUCUGCAACAGACAAGAGAGGAGACACAGCACUGCACAUAGCAAUGAGAGCACGAAGCAAGGGUAUAGUGGAGAUACUCUUGCGCAAUCCAAAAAACAGUCAGCUCUUGUACAGACCAAAUCGGAGCAAUGAGACACCCUACAACAUUGACACAAGCCACCAGAAAAGCAUUCUUGCUCAAAUAUUUGGUGCUCGUCGUUUGAACACCAAUGAGGACAACGAAAACAUGCUGGGCUACGACUUGUACAGUAGUGCAUUGGCAGACAUCUUGAGUGAACCAUCUUUGUCUAUGCCAAUUUCAGUGGGCCUGUAUGCGCGAUGGGGAAGCGGCAAGUCUUUUCUUCUUGGCAAGCUUGAAGAGGACAUGCGAAGCUUUGCAGUCCAGUGGCUGGAACCAACGUUUUCCUUCACCUGGGUCCUGUUUUGCCUGGUAUCGUUCAGUUCAAGCAUGCUAGGCUACUGCAUCCUUCUGGCAUCGGGACAGUGGUUGCUGGGGCUCAGCUUGGGAGCUGGCUCCUUCCUGCUCACCUACUGCAUUCUUUACAUCAUUAGGUAUGGCAGCACUCAUCAUGAUUGGAAUUGGGCUUAUAAAUUCUGCAUGAGGAUGGAGCACAUGCUCACUUCUUUCAAGACUGUUCUUCAGGUUAUAUUUUGCCACCCUCCAGCUACAAACAAGGACUUUGGUUCUAGUCCUGUCAGGUUCAUAUUUACAGAGCAAAACAAAGUGAGCAGCUCUGGUAUUGGGGAUGCUUCAAUUGCAUAUAUUAUCAUUUCAUUGUUUUCCGCCAUUGAAGAUGAAUUUGGCUUCUUUACAACAAGAUUCUACCGUGUUUUUCAACCAAAACCAGUGGCCUCUUCCAGCUGGACAUGGCGACGGCUCUGUUGUGUACCAAACUUCGCCAUCUUCCUGGUGACUUUUGUGUGCCUGCUGGGUGCUGUGGGGGUGCUGGUGGAUAUGCUGACAGGGCACCAGCAAGAAGGUGUCAGCGGCAGUCACACGCAGCCCGUUCUCAUUGCACUGGCCAGCAUGGUGGCCGUUGUUCUGCUGACCAACCUUUAUACCUGGGUGCGCAUGGUCCUGUCACUGUUCCGCUCCCAUCACCGCCGUAUCCACAGCUACUUGGCCCACGUGGAUGCCACCUCGGGUGGUUACAUGGAGGCCCUCAAGGGAGAGAUUGAACUUAUUAGUGCCAUGGUGCACUGCCUUGAUGCCUUCGUUCGCAAGCAAACCCGUCUCGUUUUGAUUGUGGAUGGCCUGGAUAGCUGUGAACAGGACAAGGUUUUACGCGUCCUAGAUGCUGUUUACGUGCUUUUCUCGGACCCUGGACAUCCCUUUGUCACAAUUUUGGCUUUGGAUCCACAUAUAAUUAUUAAGGCAAUUGAGGCCAACCUACACAGGGCUUUCCAGAACACAACUGUGCGGGGACAUGACUACCUGCGCAACAUUGUGCACCUGCCCUUCUACUUGCAAAACAGCGGGCUUCGGAAAGUCAGGGCAGCACAACAGACAGCUGUAGGGCUGAAACGAAGUGGCAGCCACUGGUGUGAGAAAGAGGAAGUGGAGAAAGCUGCUCAGGGCAUUGUCAGCACAGGCCCUGACAGACCAGGGAAUCGGCGUGUGUCAAACUCAAGUAUGUCGAUUCCCGAGUCAUUCCGGAAGCCCUCACAGCAACGUAAAGGCAAUCAGAAGCUGAAGGCAAGUGAAAGUGUGGCUUCAAGCAUGAGUAACCUUCAUCGAGGAGUCACAGGAGCCCAAGAUUUGACUAAAGUACUUUUGACUGAUGAUUACUUCAGCGACAUCAAUCCUCGUUCCAUGCGCCGGCUCAUGAACAUUGUUUAUGUAACAGGGCGUCUGUUGAAGGCAUUCAACAUAGAUUUCAACUGGUACCAUUUGGCUUCAUGGGUCAACAUUACAGAGCAGUGGCCUUACCACACUUCGUGGAUCAUUUUGUAUUAUGAGUUGCAUGAAAAUGAAAUUGAUGAUUCAACAUCACUGAGGUCAAUCUUCGAAAAGAUCAAAGGAAAAGUGCCCACAGGAAAAGAUCUGCAGCCACUUUACGAUGUUGACCAUGACGUCAGGAAGUUUGAAAUAUUUCUGAGCUUCCACUCGGCAUCACUAUUGAUCAGUGACCUCAAGAUUUUUGUGCCCUUCACUAUUAACCUUGACCCAUAUAUUCGAAGAGUGAUUCAAGAGCGGUAUCAAUCCCAGUCUGAAAGUGAUAGACUUAUUCACAAGUGUGGAUCUGGGCCAUUUGUGCCGCCAGCGCCACCACUGGGUCCAGUAGGCAUGAUGGGCCCAACAGGCACGCCAUGGACUCCAUUGAAAGCCGAACUGUUGUACCCACAAGCUCCAUCAACACCUGUGAUGUCUUCAGAGCCUUACCAGCAGCAACCAUACCAUGUAUGGUGGUCAGUUGGCUCACCUGGAACGUCUAGCACAAUGCCUGUGGCACCGAUAACACCUUUAGUACGUGUUUGGAAUGAACCAUUUACUGGCAAGCUAAGCUCCCUGUCUGUAGAGGGCGUGUCAAACUUUCUUGAAGGCCUUGAGGGUAUUGACAAGUCACGCGUGCCUGACUAUCAAAGCACACUGACACGACACAACAUUCAUGGACAAGUUCUGUUGACAUGCAAUAUCUCUGAACUGCGGGAUGUGCUCUCUAUGACCUUUGGUGACUGGGAAAUCUUCAAGAUGGCUAUCUUGUCUUUACGUGAACAAGAGUUUCAACGUACGCAGCCUACUACUUCAGCAGAAGACUUUCCUCCCAUGCCCUUUGCCCGAGAUCGUACACACUCCAUAUCUGCAACAGCUCCAGGUGAUCAUACAGAUUCAAAAGCAAAAGAUAAAACAAAUGAUAGUUCAGAGAAGUCAGAAAAGGUGGCCUCUUCACACUCUCAGUCAACUGCAAGACGACCAAACUCGUCACUCGAAAAACAGGUGACUAUGGAGGAGAGCUUGAUUGUUGGUGCCUUGGAGACCCUUAGUGAAGAAGCCAUGGAGGAUACGCUUGAUGAAAGUGUAGCCCCACAUGCUGGAUUUCACCAUUCGCAGGUGUUGAGCCCAAUCUUGUCUGAUCCUGGUGAGGGAGAGGAAACAAGUGGGACAACAGUGCGUACAACGGGGGAUAAUGAGGUUGAUGUUGUCUACCUCAAAAUGCCUCAUGGGUCCCCAAAGUACAACUACUCACCACUGUCAGCCUCUGUUCCGGACUAUGAAUGGGGUGUGCAAGGACCAAGCGCCACAGUGUGCUGCAGCACUGAUCUGCCACUUGAGAGCUAUGGCGUGUCAGCACCACCUUCAAUUGCUUCAAGCCCCAAUGCUCCACCGCCAGGGUCAUUCGACACUGCCUCCUUCAUGGGUACAUUGGAUGCAGCCAGCCAGAAGCCACGCAACAAGCAUCUUGAUUCGGUCGUGGCACAGGAAGGCAUGUCUCGCCGGGGCAGCCUGUCACGAGAUGCAGCUGAGAGCAAUCUGAUUGACCACUGGAAAGGUCUGGGCAGUUCUGACUUGCAGCAGGAGCGUCACAGGCUGGAGACCUUAUCACUCCCCAAUGAUGCAGCAGAGGAUGAGAAUGCCCCGCUUAUUGAGGUUACAAGGCCCAUGUUUCUUGCAACGAUGGCAUCGAGGGAUGCAGAAAGCUCGUCGCGUAGAGAAAGGGAGUUCAUUCAACCUUUUAAGCUUUCUCAUGGCGCUAGGAGGUUCAACAUUGAACGCCAGUUCUCUGUGGACGAGCGGUCUGACAUUGACCCCGAGGAGCACAGGUUGGAUGGGGCGAAAUCCACGUCAACGGCAUCCCUCACAAUGCUCAAGAAUAGUGCGGAUGGGGCGACAGAGACAUCAAGCCCAGCCACAGCACUUACUCCCCUGUCAUCAUCAUCAGGGAGGUCCCCUGAGGCAGAUCCGAAAGUGCGCCGCAGCUCUGUCCCUUCAGCGCAGCCUGAUGAGCAGAGGAGCCCAGAAGAUGGUGUGGUACCCUCACAAAGUACACCUUUCAAGCUUCCAGAACUGUCAAGCCGCACCUUUUUGCGGCAAUUGACUGAGCAAGAGCAGAAAGCUGGCCAGCCAUCACGUGAGGGAACAUCAUCUGACACUGUUGUCAUUGCUGGUAAGGCCACUGAUGCCAAGCAUCUCUUCUCAAGCUCCGAGACUGUUAUCUAGGCUGACAAGUCCUGGCGAAAUAUUGUUUUUUCAGGUACAUUUCUUUGGCUUGGUGUUUUGCUUUCAAAGCUAAUGCAAGUGAAAGCUCUCAGUAAGGGCAACAUUUUCAUUAUGCAUAUAGUUUAUAGGGAACAAAGAUUAUCAGGCCUUCAAUAAGUUUUGUAUGAAAGGCCACACAUAGUAUUUUUCUAGUCUAGCAUUUCAAUAUCAUAAUGUGUGCUUCGCCACAUUAGGAAAAUGCUGUCAUGUUACCUUAUAGUGGGCAUUUUGUUGCUAAAUAGCAGCUGCUUUGUUGACUCUGAUCUUUAUAUUAUUCAGGGAAUAGAUAUUGCAUUUGUUGCCAAGUAAACUAGAAAACAAAAAUUAAUGAUACGCUGUUCACAAGUAACCACCAUUCAAAUCUAAGUUGAGACACAAAAAUGGUAUUUUGUUCUGUUCCAAGGUGUUUGAAUUAAGUUGGGCACAAGUAAAGAUAUUUUUUUUCAAUGAUAGUAAAACUUUGCAACAUCUAGAACUAAUUUGUGCAUCUACAUUUGAAAAUGUUUGGUUUUAUCCAAUCACUAAUUUCAUCUUGUUUUUUUCCCAGUUACUAUUCACAUGAAAUCAGUGUUUUUUGGUGAAUGAUUUGUUUACACAAAGGGUUUCUGAAUACCUUCACUGUUUGUUUGCGUAACAGUUUACCUUUCUUCCCAGUGAUUUCAACUCAUAUCUCUUGUGGCUGUUGGUUGCAUUCUUAUAUCACUUGAAAGCGAUUGCGCUUAUAAACAAUGCACAGAACACAUUGUUAGGGCAGCACUAUUAUCAGACAUGUGAAAUGAUUGUAUACUGUUCACUUCAUUUUACUUCAGGUUCUUUUAAUUAAGAAGUAGACAGUUAUUUUCAUUAUAGAAUUGCAGCAUUCGAGCUACUUCCACUAAUAAAUUUUUGACUUGUUCU